ACGCGCCACGUGAGGACAACCAAAGACGAAGCGAUUUCUUCUCCGUCACUGUAGCAAUUCUCGAGAUGCGAUGGCUGCGGGCAAGUCAAGUCUCCUGUUAAGUGUGUUGACUGUUGAGUCGAAGUCAUACCAAACCAAAAAAACAGUUCUGAAACAGCGACAAACUAUUGCGUAGCAAGCAAUCCGCGAUGGCUGUUGGGCUCAUGGAGGUGUUUCUGGCGAAUGCAAAAGGUCUUCAAAACACUGAUUUCCUAGGUGGAAUAGAUCCUUAUGUUCUGAUUCAAUACAAAGGUCAAGAAAGGAAGAGCAGUGUGGCUCAAGGCAAGGGGUCGAACCCAACAUGGAACGAAAAGUUUACCUUCAGGGUGGAGUAUCCUGGGUCAGGCAGCCAAUACAAGCUCAUCCUCAAAAUCAUGGACAAGGACAAAUUUUCUGCUGAUGACUUCAUCGGGCAAGCCACGAUUUAUGUCGAGGAUCUAUUGGCACAGGGAUCAGAAAAUGGAGCUGCUGAGCUACACUGUACUAAAUACAGUGUGGUAGAUGCUGAGAAUAGUUAUUAUGGAGAAAUUGAAGUUGGUGUUACUUUCACCCUCAAGAAAGAAGAGGAAGGUGGGCAAGAGAUUGGAGGUUGGAGGGAAAGCAGCUCUUAGUUGCUGUCAGUAGGUGGCUAAUGUUCAUGAUGAGUACUGAAUUUCAUUUGGAACUGAUGUAAAUUCUAGAUUCUAGAGGUUGUUGUUAUGCACACUCUUCUGUUUUUAUUUUGAAAUCUAGCAAUUUUAUGGUUA